UGGCCAAUGGUUUACACCAACAUCUCCAUGAUUGCUAACCAGUCAGCUCCCCUCCAUCAUGACCUGCAAUCCCAUGCUGACUGGUAUGACAUGCUCAUUAGUGUCAGCAAUUAUUCUGAAUGUGUUCUUGACAUUCCCUCUCUUGGUCUUCAAUUUGAUUACUGGCCUGGCACUGUUGUAGCCUUUUCUGGCUGGCUUUUGCAGCAUGGUGUGAAUGAUGUGAGUGGCAACCAUUGCUCACUAGCAUUUUACAUGCAGGACAAUAUUCAAAAAUGGCUUGGAGUCCCUCAAAGUGAUUGG